UUUAACAUAUGUAGAUAAGUACUGAACAAUUGGUUGAAAAAUAUAAUCAAGAGACUGGGAUACACACACACACACGUGUGUGUGUGUGUGUGUGUGUGUGUGUGUGUGUGUGUGUGUGUGUGUUUGUAUGUAUUUAUAUUGCUGCAGUGCUGUUCUAUCAGUCUAAUUGGGAUUUUGGGAUUCUGAUUACAACCUCUCUAUAUGCUGUCUUUUCUCUUUUGUCAUAUUUUUCCUCUUCACUGUAACUUCCUCCCUCUCCCUCUCUCUCUCUCUCUGCAGUGCACUUGUUUCCGGUCUACAUAUACCUCUCAUCUUUUAAUUUUAGCAAAAUCCUUUUAUUAUAUUUCAUUACAUUAACCCUUCUUUCUCAUUCCUCAGUAACAUCCUUCUGUCCAUCUUCCUCUCUUGUUUUUUCCCUCUCUUUCACCCUUUGCUCCUGUUUUUCACAUGAUCUUCCUCCUCUCCCAUUGCUCUGCCUUGCCAUUGCUAUAGUACACUCCCCCUUUUCCUCUUUCAGCCAAGCAGCAGGAGAAACAGGCUCAGAGGAUGUACUCAUGCUCUCUCUCACUGUAUCUCUCUCUCUCUCAUACUCUAUCUCAUUCUGCUUAAUGCAGCUUGGCUGCAUUAAAAUAUGCAUUAAAAUGCCUGCAGUGCUAUCCUAUGUGUGUGAAAAAAAGAAAACAAUAUGUGGGAGAAUGAGACAAAGAGUGUCAUGCAUGUAUACAUGUGUAUGCAAAUGUAGUGUAUGCACUGUUUUUUUCCAUCUUAAAUUUGCAGCAACCCAUCUCACCAUAUUGCUGCACUUCUGGAAAUCCCAAAGCCACUAUGCUCUUGCACUGCUGCUAACACAUAUCCACCUAGUGUGCAGGAGUAUAGCUGCUUUGAAUUUUACCAUCCUUAUCUUCUCCUUUAGUUCCCUGUACCAAAAGUGCUUUUGACAUUAGCUUUGCAGCUGUCUGUGUCUCUUGCUCUUCCUCUUUCAUAGCUGUCUGUCAGCCAUGGUGUCUAAAGUUGCUACUCUGCAGCUGCGUGCCUGUGCUCAGGCGGCUAAGGAGCAGCAGUGCUCACCUAUUUAUAAACCACACAGUGGAGGCAAAAGCUCCAGCAGGCACCACCAGCAGAAGGGAGCUGAGCGGAUGCCACCCUUCCACCACUGGACCAGGAGCCCAGCGGAAAGAGGGUACUGAUAGCAUGGCAUUAUAAGAGAGUGAGAGAGAGAUACAGAAAACGAGAGAAACGAAGAAAGACAGAGAGAGAAAGAGACUUUAAGAUCCUGUGAGAGGAGAACUGAGCAGCAAGCAACGAGUCAUUCUCAAAAAAAAAAUUUCGUCUGCAGUUUGUGAAACCAUUUUUUUCACCCUUAAGUGGAAGAGAGUGUGAUGUGUUGCACUGUCACUCUGCCUCGUCACGCUCUCUGAUGAACAGAAAUAAAGAUGAUGGUGGUCCAGUCCAGCACUCAUGGAAUGACUGAAAACUCCUACCCCAGCACAAUCCUCACUCGGCUGAGUGAACAACGCUUACAAGGCCUGUUCUGCGAUGUCACUAUUGUUGUGGAGGACAUCAAAUUCCGUGCUCACCGGAACAUCCUGGCUGCCACUAGUGGAUAUUUCCACAAUGCUUUCACAGCCUCAGACACUUUCAUGUCUGGCCAAGUGCUGGAGCUUCCAGACCUAAAGUCUGAGGUGUUUGCCAGCAUUCUCAACUUCAUGUAUUCUUCCAGGGUGGAGUCAGCCAACACAGAGAACAACAAGAACUUGGUAGCUGCUGGGAAAAGGUUAGGGAUCCCCUUUCUAGAGAAGCUACUAGAGACACCUCAGGAGUCUGAGGUGUUCCAAAGACUGGCCUGUACUCACUCAGAGAGCUCUUCUAGUCAGCUAAAACUGUCUGGAACUUGUGCACUGAAGAAGGAGACGCAACGGCUUGAGGAACAGGACUGUUCUAAAGGCCCACGAAUAACUAAUGCUUUCUCUAUUACAGAAGUGGCAGCAAUUAGCAACCCGUUUACCCCAAUGAACUUGAGUAACAAUGGUCCCCAAUCACCAGACACAAGUAACCAUCCAUCUGUCUGCACAGCACCAGGCAUGCCCUCAACAGAAAGUGACCCCAACUAUGCCAUGACUGAACCCACACAUGCCCUGUCUGAACACUCAUAUGCCGUGAGCCAAGGCCAUCAAAGUACUGACCUCAAAGAGGGGGUACAAUUAUGUGAUAAAGGCAACAUCAGACCUGUAGUGAUACCAUCUAAGACUCUCACCAUCAAUAGAAUUGGUCCCCUUAAGAAGCGCCACAUCCACCGCAAAGGCACAACCUCCAUAUCUGAUGAAACAAAAGUAUCCAUUCAGAAUCCCGGUAGAAGCCCUGUGGUACAAAAUAUUGUUCCUGACCCUUCAUCUAUUGUGCAGUCUCCAGCUGCAUUGAGUGGUUCUUCCCCAAACUUGUUGGCUCCAGUUGAGGUUACACCCCCACAAGAUGCUGAUCCACCCUCUUUAAUUCCUGAAAACAUAAGCUCUGCUUCAGUUUACCACUGCCAGCAAUGUACUGAGGCCUUCAGCAACUUAGCACUUCUCACUAUCCACAUGCAAAUCCACAACAGAAGAUUUGUCAGUCAUUUGUUUUGCAAGUAUUGCCACAAAAAUUUCAUGCACUUAAAAAGGUUGCACAAUCAUGAACAGGUGUGUAUGAAAGGCCCACCAGAGCUGGAGUUGAAUGGCAAAAAGGAUUCAGUCAGUCUAGACUCAAAUAAUACAUUCAGAAAGGAUGAUACAGUUUUCCCUAUUCCUGAUAGACAGGAACCUCCAGUAAUGGAUCCCACACUCACAUGCCCAUUGGAAACGCCUCUAGAUGGAAUUGCAAAAUCAAACAGUCAACGGGCAUAUAAAUGCAGCAUGUGCAAACGAGCCUAUGUGACUUUGUCUAGCCUAAAAAGACAUGAGAAUGUGCACUCAUGGCAGAGAGCAUAUCCUUGCCAUUACUGCAAUAAGGUUUUUGCUCUAGCAGAAUACCGUACCAAACAUGAGAUCUGGCACACAGGUGAGCGACGCUAUCAAUGCAUCUUCUGUUUGGAGACAUUCAUGACUUAUUACAUUCUCAAGAACCACCAGAAGUCAUUCCAUGGCAUUGACCCACGUCUGGCAGUAAAUAAAAAAUCAGCUAAUGGUGGUUUGAAGGGAAGUGUUUAUCCUAUAAAGCUCUACAGACUUUUACCAAUGAAGUUCAGAAAGAAAAGGUACAAGUCUUAUAGUCAAACUUACUCUGAGGGCAUGAGCAACCAUGAACAGUCCUUCUCUGAUGUACUCGACACCAAUUCCCCAGCUGCUUCACUGGAAGGUACAGAUCCUACAGUGGCAGACAGUGCCAUUAGUGGUCAGUCAUUAUUCUCAAUGCCUGUGACUUUCAUGGCAACCCCUAAAAUGGUGGCUUCUGAAAUGCCUCGUAUUACAUUUGACCAACCAUGUGACCAAAAUAAAGAAUUGGCUUUAACAGCUGACAGGAUUGUGACUUGUCCACAACAGGGAGGCUUGCAUGCCACUAAUAAUGCUAUAAAAAAUAGACUACAGAACUUCGAGGGCACUGGAUCACCUGUUUUCAGUUAUGGGUACCAAUCCUCAGUGACAACACAAGAAAAUGCAGAGUCCUCCAUGGUAAUGCACAAAAAUAACUCAUCUCAUACACAGAACAGCAGCACCACAAAUAGAGAUGUUUUGCCCUUCCUUAACAUACCACCUGUCUGCUCAUUUGAGGGCUUGAGUAAGCUUAGUGAAUUAUCAGCAGCAGCACAAACCAUUGAAGCAAUGGCUAACCAACUGUUCCAGCCACGGCCAGAGAAACUACCACAGAGCCUCAGUCCUGCUGGAAAAACGGAAACAUACAUUGCCAAACCGGCCUGUCCUGGUCCAUCUAUGAACAGUGAAGUCUUGCCCUUGUGCCAGAUAACUGUGAAAAUUGGCAAUGAGGCCAUUAUUCGGCGCAAAAUUAAAGGCUCAAAGCUGUUCCCAAAGAAGAAAAAGAGGAGAAGCUGGAAAAAAGUUGAGGAUCAAAGUAGUCCACUACAGAACAGUAUAGGAUGCCCAAGCUUGCGCUUACGGGCAGAGGUUACAACAUCGGUUACAGAAAACGAGCCAUAUGAUGAUGUGAAUGAUCCUGAAAAUGACAAACUAUGGCGUCCAUAUUAUAAAUAUAAACCUAAAAGGAAAGGCAAAAAAUUAAGAUCAAAACAAAAAAGGAUGAAAUCUGUACAGUUCUAUACAAAGCCCUUGUCACCUGAACCAGAUGGUGAUGACUUCAUACAGUUUGGCCGCAGCUCAGAAGAAAGUAUUCCAGAAGAGAGCUCUGAGUGUAGGCGGCAACUAAGGAGUCACGGCCCAAAGGAGGCAUUCCCAUGCCACAGCUGUAGCAGCUCAUUCUCUACUCCAACCUCCCUCAGCAUGCAUAUUGUCAGCUGCCAUCAGCCUCACUGCAAGAUAUGUGGUAAACAAUGUCCCUUGGAGGAGUGUCCCAGUGCAGAUCUAGCAUUCACAGACAAAAAUGGUGACUUUAUGUGCCAGAGAUGCACAGAGAAUGGCUCCUGCUUCAGCUCGGAUGUGGCAGCCUGCAGUCUGAGCACUGAGAAACGCUACCGUUGUUCCUACUGCCCACAACGGUUUCUGUACCUUGCCACUAAAAAAAGCCAUGAGGCAAAACAUUUAGAAAAACUCAAUACUGGACGGAGCUGUCGCUACAGCCCUAAAGUCUGCAAGUCUGCAGCACUACUGAGCAUGCAUGACAACAAGCACUUCAGCAACACCAUAGGGGUAAGGCAGCUAAAGAACACUGAGAAUAAAGUCACUGCUGAGCCAUAUUCCCCUGUGAAGGACAGUAAAGGACAGAACCAACCUGCCCCAUGGGGAAGUGCAGAGAUCUGUUCACCACGCACUUCAAAAACAGAGGAACCAGUAGAAACAGAAAUGGAAGGGAUUUUUCAUAAAACCACCCACAUGUUCAAGAAAACCUCUUUGUCAUUUUGCUGUGAAGGCAACAGGCCUUUUUCUCCCAUCCUCCCUGAGAUUCAGAGGAAAAAAGCUAAGAAAAAAAACAUUCUGGAACAUUGUAAAGACUUUAGUGUGGAGAGGCACAGACAGGACUCUGUGGGGGCUGAGACAGAACGCCAAAAGGGUCCACUGCCCAACUCUGAAACAAAUUACCCUCUGAACAAUUCCAGGCCCUAUCCAACAUACCUGAGAAGAGUGCCUGUUACCACAGGAGCCUCCCUGCAGUCACCAAAGUCAGAGUGGCAUUUGUGCAAAGAGGAAUCACUUUUUUACACCCACAACUGAUUCUGCAGGAAGGAAAUUCAUUGCCUGUUGAUGUCACAUAGUAAACUGAAAUGAUGUUAAUGAGAAUGACUUACCUUGCAAUAUCAAGUUGCACUUUAGAAAUUGUACAGCAUAAUUGAAAGUGUUAUUGUCACUCAUAAAGCAAUGGUAUAAAUAUAGAGUAUUUUUUUGUUCACACAAAAUAAUGUUUGUAGUUUUUCAUUUUUUCUACGAGACAAAAAAAGUUAUUUUUGUAAGUUUUUAUUUGUCUCUGUGAAUUACAUGGAAGUCAUUGCUCAUUAUGCAUUAGCUUAAAUGGGUUAUUGGCUGCAUGUGCUGAUCACAUUUAAUACUCACUGUAAGAAAGCUGCAUUGCAACUUCCUGCACUGUAUUCAACUCAACUGUUCUAUUUACUGCUUAACAUUCACAACAUUUAAUACAUUUACAGGAAAGUCUUCACAAACAAUUGUACAAUUGAUUAUAUACUUUUCACCAGA